AUGAAUCAAUUUUAAUUUAAAAUUUAAUUUCAAAAUAAAUUCUGAAUUAGUCUAGUAAUGAAAAUUGUACAACUCUUUUAGAAAUAAAAUUUAUAAAAUGUUAGUACAUUUAAGUUUGUAUUAAGUUUAAAUAUUGAAAUUGUGUUAAUUUUUUUUCAAAGACUGGUUUGUGGAAAAUAUUUAAAUUUUUUUAGCUUUUUAUCAGUACAAAAUUAUGCAAAUAAUUGUAUCCUGGUUUCUCUCUAUUGUCUAUGAAAAUGUUCAUGUACCCUCCAAUGCAAAAAUCUUCCUUUGAACCUACUGGUUUCUUCAGCCUUUUCACUGCCAAUCUUUUUGGAGAAAUCCACAUCUAAUGCCCCAACAUCCUCAUUAUUCUCUGCUGGGUACCCUGCAGUCUGGUUUUUACACAGCAUUAUAGUGAAAACUGUUCUCAAUGGACUCUCAGUUACUUAACUGAAUGAUUUUUGUUCUUGUUCUACAUCCUCAUUCCUCUUCUGUCUCUGCAACAUUUGUACCACUGAGCAGUCUUUCCUAGAGUGUCUCCUCCCUUGAAGAUGUUAUUCUCCACCAUAACUGUGAGUAUAGUCACACAUUAUUAAAAAUGUGUCUUCAGCUUGUUCCCUCUCAGUUCUGUAGGUAGCUCACCAUUAGGGUUUUAUUUUACCUCAAUAUCCUGUGUUACAUAUCUGUUCCACAAUUCUUAACUUUCAAGUACAAGUUGAUGUUUCAACUGAAAUGAAGUUAUAGAUCAUAUUUGCCACCUUUCUCCUUUUGGAGCAGUUUUGGCUAAUGGUGCAGCAUUUUCCUUGUUAUACAUGCCAGAAUAUAUGGGAGCAAAAUUUAACUGCUUCCUUUUGUCUUAUCCUGCCACUGAUUCUGAGACCAUCUGGAAGGGCUUAACUGCUAUGAAUUUAAAACUCUGUGAUUCUUAAUUUCAUUCUUUAUGAUGGUGCUAACCACAUUCUACAGUUGUUAAUGUCUGUACCUGCUACACUGCAAGUUUUUUUGAGGGAGGGAAUUUUGUGUGACUUCUCGUGCCCAGUCCUUUCCUCAUGCCUAAUAGUUGUUCAGUCACCUGGAUGGGAAGGGUUAUUGUAGGCAUUAGUAAUAAUUCCCUGAUACUGGAGUAUGAAGUGCUCCCUAAACAUUUUCUAAAGUUGUGACUGACAUAUGAGUGAAUCUGCUUUAUAAGGAAGUCAUUUGGUAUUUCAGAUACUUAGAUGUCAGCUAAUUUAGAUAUUUAACUUAUCUAUUUCUUCUACUGAAUUUUAAAAUAGUUGGGAUGUUUUCAUUAAGACUCUGCUAGAAAGGAAUUGGAUUGUAAGUACUGAGACUCAGCUUUACUAUCAACCCACCUACCUAUCAUCAAAUUACUUAACUUUUAUAUGCCUUAAACUUACUCCUGCCUAUAAGAGUAGAAUAAGGUAGCAUUUGGAGAUGUCAUUUGUAAUUUGAGUAUUUCAGAUGAAGCUGAAUAUACUUUUAACAUAAUAAAAAUUGCUCUUCAUUUAUAAAUUUGCUGCUUCUUUAUGUAUGUGUAUCUGUAUAUACACGUAAAGUUAUGAAUGAAAAUCCAAUAUUACUCUGAUCUGAUUUUUUUGUAGGGUCAGAGUUCACUUAGAGUACGUAUGAAGGAAGUCACUGCAGUAUGUUUGAAAUCACAAACUCUUUGUGCAUCCUAAAUUAACGUUGUGUUGCAAAUGGAGAGAGAACCAUCAUUUCUAAAUAGUACAGUAUUUAGUGAAUAGUAUAUGACAACCUUCCACAUUACUUUAGUCCAUCUCAGGGAAUUCUUGAAGUGUUUAUUGGGCUAGUUUCAUUUUGUUUUUUUGAUUUGGGGGAUUUUUUUUUUUGUCUUUAUGUAUUUGCUCAGUGUACACUCACUAUGUAACUGGCAGUUUUGGCAUUCUUUGCAAAUCUAACUUAGCAGAGUUAUGAUACAAAUGUAACUUUAUUACAAACAAAACUGGCUUUCUUCUUAGUCCUCAUUGUCAGUGACCUUGUUCUGCUAAGGUGACUUAUUGGUGGUGUUGAUGAUACUGCUCAGCUUGCAAGGUAGGAUGUUGGUGAAUCAAGUUUCUUAUUUGUGUAGAAAAUUGUAUACUUCUACUUUAUUGGCUUUAAAUUGACUAGUGCUUCCAAGUUACCUAGUUUUAAUGUGUUAUGAUUACCUUGUAAGUUGAUACAAAAUGUGCUUUUUAGUUUAUUAUUAUUUUGUUAGUGGCAUACUCCUUGAAAUGAACAUGGCAAUGACUUAUUCUGAUAGUUCUGAGCAAACCAUACUGUCUACUGUAAACCCAUUCUAACCAAUGACAUUAGCCAUUGUGAGGUUAACUAAACCUAUCUCAUUGUACAGUCUACAUUUGGAGAAAAAAUUCAUAUCUCUACUUAUAUUUUAAGUUCUUGGUCAGUGAGAUUGGGUAUUGGAGAGUACCCUUAUCACAGGGCCAUAAUAAAACACUAUGGAUACUAAAAACUAAACAUAGUAUUACUGCUAAAGUCUUCUACCUCUUGGCCCUAUAGAAAAUGGUACAAAAACUUAUAUGAGUAAAUAUCAUCAUUGAGUGAGAGGUGUAUAAUUGAGGCAUCUUUGUGUAAAAGCUCAAGGGAAAAUCCUUUAGGUUUAAAAAAGAAGGGCUGGAACAUAGUUGAACAGUUAACCUAAUUAGCAAGCUUACCAGAGUUAACUUUCAGUUAUAAAAAUAAAAGGCUUCAGAUGGGAGUAGAAAGUACUCUCCUGGCAUGCGGGACCAAAAACAUAUCUUGAUAAGGGAAAAUGAAGUACAGAAUUAAAAUCUGACAUUAUUUGACUUCUCUGUGUGCUACAGAAAAGUUAAGGCUUAGUUAAGAAGCAUAAAUAGUGGCAAGAAUAGUAAAGAUCAUAAAAGCUAAAAUGAAACCACUAGUUUUAAUGUUCAUUUGAUUACCUUGUUAAGUUGAAUAGAAAGAGUUUACAGUUUGAAUAUCUGAUUUUAAAAUCUAGCUUUGCCAUUUACUCUCCUAGGUAGAAAUCACUAAACUUCGAUGGGUCUAUAAAAUAGAGAAAUCUGAGUAUCAAAUGAUUUUAAGAAUAAAAUUCAAGCAUGUUUAAAAAUGUGUUGAAAACUAAAAUGUCAUCCCAGAAUAGAAACUAUCAUUAUUAUAAUUAUUUUCUUAGAGUUGAAAACAGAGCAUUCUUUAAUCUUGCUCUUGUCUCAGAUGACAAGCAUAGGGAGGUAUGAGGGUAGUGGCAUAUUAUUUAUGCUCACUUCUUUCAACUCUAAUCCCCUACAUUCAGAAUUACAUACUGAAAAUAUUAGGAGCGGAGUUGGUAAGCUAACCAAUAAAUAACAAUACUUUUAAAUCUGACAAAUUAACUCUUUUAUGGCAGGGUAAUAAACCAGCAUGAUGGAAGACAAGUGAGGAGUACCAUCUACUUUGAGUUGACAGUACAUGACACAAUCCAUUAAUAACGUAAUCAGUGCAAGCAGAGCUCCUUCCUUGAAUGAAUCCAAGUAAAUCCCAGUGGUUGCCUUCUGAAAUGACCAGCAGACACACAUCUGCACGGAGGCCUCCCAAAGUAUAAACUCUAGUUCUGAAGUACCAUGUCCAGUGAAGGAAGACCUGGUGGGGAGUUUUCUACAACAACAGUCAGCUCAGUAGCUGUGCAGGCUGGGGACUCCAAACUCGUGAUAGCUGUCAUAAAGUGUGGCAAAUGGGUACAGCUUCAACUGGCUGAAUCACAGCCCAAUCUUCUUGAAAUCGGUAGCAGUCAAGAUGAAGCCAAAAAACUUCUUCAUGAUCAUGAACUUCUUUUGGCCAAGCUCAAGGCUUUGGAAAACCAGGUAUGGGAACUCUUGCAGGAAGCAGAUAAGACAGCUGAAGAGAAUAAAGAUCAGAGUCAGGUCUACGAUGCCAUGGCCGACACCCUGGGUGAAGCGUGGGAAGCCUUGGUCUCCACACUUGAAGGAAGGAGGGUGCUCCUUAGGUUGACCUCUGAAUUUUUUGAAAAUGCCUUGCAGUUUGCUAUUAAAAUAGACCAAACAGAAGACUUUCUCCAGAACACUCAAGAGUUUGAGAAUGUUGAGUCCUUAAAAUCACUUCUUCGGCUUCAUGAGCAUCAUACCAAAGAACUCUUAGAACGAUCACUAGCCCUUUUAAACAAAAGUCAACAACUCACUGACUUCAUAGAAAAAUUCAAAUGUGGUGGACCUAAUGUAAAUCCUGAGUUGAUUCAAGGAGCUCAUAACAGCUGCCUGAAGAUUGACAGCCUUCUUGAAGUUCUACAAGAUAGGAGACGGCAGCUAGACAAGUACCUGAAACAACAGCAACAAGAAUUGGGUCAAGUUCUACAGAUAUGUCAGUGGGACCAAAAAGAAAACCAGGUUACUUGUUGGUUUCAGGAAGCCAUAAAGGACUUACAGGAACAAGGUUUAGGCUCAUCACUUUCAGACAAUGAGGAUCUAAUACACAAGCAUGAAGAACUGACAAUAAAAGCAAAGGAAUGGAAUUCUGCUGUUGAGAAGCUGAAGAGUGAGGCCCUGGAGAUUCUGCUGUCCAAGGACAACGUGGAGAAAGAACACCUACAGCUCUCUAACCAGAAACUGAAUCAGCUUCAAGAAGAGUUUGAUCUGCUCAUGGUGGAGAGGGAAACCUGGUUAAAGAAGACAAAUGAUUUUUUUAACAGCACUAACAAGGCAUUUGAUGUACUUGGAAGAGUUGAAGCUUACCUUAAGCUCCUUAAAUCAGAGGGUUUAAGUCUGCCUGUCUUGGCAGCAAGGCAUGAGGAAUUACACAGAGAAAUUACAGACUGCGCAGCUGAUGCUUUGCAGAAGGGACAAGCCUUAAUCAGCCAAGUAGACUCCUGCCGCUUUCGCUUGACUGGUGUUCAUGAGAUGAUGGGCUGCGUUCAGAGACGAGUGGAUCAUCUGACCGAACAGUGUUCAGCACGCAAGGAAUUUGCUCUUAAGAAACAGCAAUUAACAGCCUCUGUGGAGGACUGCCUGAGGAAGGUGGAAAUGCUAAUUCAGAAUAUCAGUCCAGUACUUUCUAAUGCAAUGGCUGUUGGUUCCAGCUUUUCUGAAUCAGAGAUGAUUUUGAGAAAAUAUCUCAAACUAGAUAUCCACGCUCAGGAGGCAUCGCAUGAAUUAGAAGCAGCUGCAAAACUCAUGACAGAGAUAAAUGAAUUUGAACCUGAUGAAGUGGCAUCACUUUCUUCUAAAGCUAGAUGGCUAAGGGAAGAAUUAAACAUACUUGGCCAAAGCAUAGACUUCAGGUCACAACUCCUGCAAACGUAUAUGGCAUUUCUAAAGUCAUCAGAGGAGGUAGAGGAGCAGUGUCAGAGGCUAAAGGAGUUUUAUCAAACUGAAACCCCAAGGAAGGGAGAUAAUGAUGUUGAAGCCAAGCAUCGGUCUGACUUGGUGGAGGAACAGUCACACCUGUUUUUAAAGAGGAGUUUUUUCACUCAAGACGUUGGGCUUAAUUUCCUUAAUUUAAUAAACAUGGCUAAAGAGAAUGAAAUACUAAAUGUGACAAAUGAAGUGCACGUUGUGGAGAACACUAUGGAAAGGCGGAAGACAGAAAGGGAAGAACUCAGUCGCAUUUGGGUAGCAUGGAAACUUAAAGCCUCUGAAAGCAAGCCUGUGAAACAGCAAUGGAGCGCCCUCAAAGAGCAACUUAGAAAGACUACUCACAACUUAAAGCUGCUUCAAGAAGCACUUUGGCCUGUGUCUGCACUUAACCUUGGAGAAAGUGUCCAGAUCAUUUUCAAUCUAAUGGGAAAAUGGAAUGAAAUGAAGUCUCAGUUCCAGCAAUUGAAUAAUGAGGUUCAGUACAUUAUAAAAGAAUCAGAAAAGUUAAGUGACAAAGGAGUUCCCGUGAAAGAGAAAUCUCAACAAUUGAAGGACCUUAUAUACCUCCACAAAAAACAGAAAGAGAAAAUCCAAGAUUACAAUAAUAUCCUGUACAAAGUAAUUCAUUUCCACCAAGUCAAGGAAAAGCUGGGAUUUCUCAUCAAAUCAAGAGAACUGGAGUUUCUAGAACAGCCAAUGGAACUGGAGAAUGCUCACAAGGUCCAGAUUCACCUCAGUCGCUCUCAGGAAAAGCAGAUACAAAUGGACCACCUUCGUACACUGGCCCUUUCCCUGGGAAGGGACAUCAUCUCAUUGAUGCAGCAAUCUAACUACUCUAAUGUCUCUGCAAAGAGCCUGCAGCAACAGCUGGACAUUCUGGAGGGGGACAGUAUGAGCUGGCGUGCUAAAGUGGAGGAGUAUGAACAGACCCUGACCUGCAGCUUGGGGUACUGCACCACGAGGGACGAGAUAAAUGAGCUCAAAGAGUCAUUCAAAGAUGUAAAAAAGAAGUUCAACAAUUUAAAGUUUAAUUACACCAAGAAAAAUGAAAAAGCUCGGAACCUGAAGGCUCUUAAAUAUCAUAUUCAACAAGUUGAUAUGUCUGCUGAAAAAGUCCAGGCUUUGAAGAAAAAAAUGGAAAACAUUGAGAAUAAAACUGAUUUUCUCUUAAAUUAUCCAAAUAAUAAAGUUAAUGUUCUUUUGGAAGCCAUGAAGGAUUUGCACAAGCAUUUAGAUGAGUUUGACAAAGUUGUGAAAGACUACAAGAAGAAUUUGGACAUGACUGAGCAUCUUCAAGAGAUGAUAGAAGAGUGUCACUUUUGGUAUGAAGAUGCAAGUGCCACAGUUAUAAGAGUUGGAAAAUAUUCCACAGAGUGCAAGACAAAGGAAGCUGUGGAAAUUCUCCACCAGCAGUUCAAUAAGUUCAUCAGGCCUUCAGUGCCUCAGCAAGAAAAAAGGCUUCUGGAGAUCAGCGACCUCGCUCAGUGCUUAUAUGGUUUGGAAGAAGGACAGAAAUACACAGAGAAAAUUGUGGCAAAACACGAAGAGGUUCUUGAAUCUGUUACUGAAUUAUGUGGAUCUCUCACAGAACUUGAGGAAAAGUUGAAGCAGAGAGAUGUUUUAAAGGUGAAUCUGAGUUUAGAAGACCUCUACAAUGAUUGCAUUGACCUACUAAAAGAACCAGCAAGAAAAGAGCAGACAGGAGUCAAUAACAAAAUGGAUAAGCAGGAGCAGCAAAUGGCUGACAUUUUGGCCAUCCGUGGAAGAGAAGAGGGUCAGCCUCCCCAGGACCUGAAGCCACUGUCCUCUGCCGAGGAGGGUGGUAUCCAGGCUCUGCUCCUGCCUGCUGACGUGCCCUCAGGAGGAGAAGAUGAGUGUGCCUCACCUGAUGACAUCUCCUUGCCUCCACUCCCGGAAAGCCCAGAAUCCCCUGUCCUACCAUCGGACACGGAGGCAGAGGAAAGUCCCAGCUCCUCCCUCAGCCUACAGAUAAGCAGCUCCAGGAUGCUGAAGGGGGCCCAAGGGACAGGGGAGAUCCAAGAACCUAUGCUGCCGCCUCCACCUGCUGCUUUUGCUGAUGCUUGCAAUGAUAAGAGAGAAACAUUUUCAAGUCAUUUUGAGAGGCCCUACACCCAGUUCAAAGCCGAACUCCCAUUAACAGCCCAAGGAUUUCUGGAAAAGAGUACUGUCUUCCACAAAAUCAGUGCUAAACCUCCAGAGAGCAUGCUGAGUGAAGUGCAUGAGAGAGCUUUACAGCAGCGCCCUCAGACUCAGGGAAGUUUGCUAGAAACACGGGAGGAGAUGCAUGUUUAUAAUAAUGCCACUAAAACCCGAGAUAGCCUGCAUGCUUCCCCUGAUGCAUCCUCCAGCCUCCAGUCUCAAUCAGACACCAGCUGGUGCUAUCAGAGGCAAGUGGUUCCCCGAGAAGUGAUUAAAAGUACAUCAGCAAAGAACAGCAUGGUCACCCUAGCGGACCAGGCACCUAAUUUCUCCAGGCUCCUGUCUAAUGUAACUGUUGUGGAAGGUUCUCCAGUGACUUUGGAAGUUGAAGUAACAGGAUAUCCAGAGCCUACACUGACAUGGUACAAGAAGGGCCAGAAAUUGUCUGCAGAUGGGCACUUACAGGUUUUGCACAAGGAGACAAGACAUUCAGUGUUCAUUCCGAAGGUAUGCAAGGCAGACGCAGGCCUCUAUGUGGUUCGUGCCCAAAAUUCUAGUGGCAUUCUCUCUUCCAAUGUCAUCCUCCACGUGACAGGUAACCACAGGCCGCCUAUCACAAGAAUAAACUGGAUAAUGAUGUGUGUCAUCUAUGUUAGUGUCUCCCUACUCUACUGGCUGCUCACAUGGUAACUCUGGGAAGGAACCCAUGAAUGUUAUUCUCAUGAGCCUAAAGGACACUAUGAUGUUUCUUUUCCUGCAUUUUCUACAAAGCAUCCCCCACCAAAUAUAUUCCAUUCUGGUCCUAUUGCUUGUGUGGCUAACAUCUCUGCUCAGUGAAAUAACUUCAACUUUUCUUUAGUGGUUUAAUGUGUUUGAGAAGCUUGUUAAAUGAUUAGCAAUGGAUCAGGAUACUGUUUUGUAUUUUAGAAAAAAAUGUGUUCAAUAGAAAACAAAGUAAAACUUUACUAUGUAUAUUCCAUCUUAAUUUAAGCACAUGCAGAUCAAGGUUCACAUCAGUAUAUAGCUGUGGUAAGUUUCAAAUCCAACUAUUGGGUAAUUUAUUUUUUACUGUACUCAUGAAUAUAUUUCUUUGUAGAAUAAUUGUAGAAUGUUGAACUGAAGUUUUAAUUUUUAUUAUUGCUUAACUAUCCCUUAACAUUGUCUUUUCAUACUUUGAUCUCAUUUAUUGAAAUGCAUUCAUUCUAUGGAGUUUCCAAAUAGCCUAUAUUCCUGAGCCUAAGGAUGCAACUUUAAUCAUUCCUCUGUUGAUUUCAUGGAUUUGACUUAGGAGAACAGAUGUGCCUUUAACUGUAAAUGAAGUUUGAAGCUUCCAUCAAGCUCUGUAUGGCAUAUUGCAAGAUAGUCAUGGACUACUGAAUGAACCAACUUUAGACCUGUCAUUCUAUUGAUGUAUUUGGGGCACCCAUAUAUAUACAAAUGCAACCAGAUCUCUUUGCACCUAAUCUUGAUUUUGCUGAUGAUGAUCUUUUUGCAUUUGAUGGUAAGGCAUCUCAGUGCCUCAGUUUCCUGUUUAGAAAAUGGGUUCAUUAUCUACCUCUUGGAUAAUUAAGAGUUUUUGCUUCACUUCUUGUAAAGAUCUCGAAAAUGGAAAGCACUCUAGGAAUACUAAAUGUAAUUAUAUUAUUUAAUGCAACUGGUCAUUGCACUUCCUCCUGCCCACUAUUUCUCCUGCAGGUGCUGCUGCUUUAGCAUAUUAAAUUAAAAGAGUAGGAUUAUUAUGUGGUUUCCCACUAUUCCCACGUGUUAAAAUGGCAGUUUAUGAAUUGAAAUUUAAAUUCCUUGCUAAUUUCUUUAAACUACAUCCUUACUUGAAACUAAACCCAGAAGGAUAUAUUUAGUAUUUAAAAGGAGGGGUAUAGUAAGAUGAAUUCUAGUCUUAUAAGUUUGAUGUAAUAUUGAAGAAUGUUCUAUGUCUUUCUGAAAUAUAUUACUCAGAAAAGAGGGUAUUUGUUUGGUUCAUUUAAAAAAUAAAUAUGAAUAAGAGAGGCAUUUAUUUUUUAGAUUUUUAAACAUAGUCUUGUACAACUAAACAAAAUAUUUGGUUGAAAUAAUCUCAAUUUUUGAUAAAGGUAAAGAAUGAACUAUGCUGUUGUUAAGUCCAUCUACAACUAAAAGUAUUUAAUGUGGUAUAUUCAAAUUGAUAUUAAAAAGUGCUAAAUCUCAUCUGAAUAUGUGAAUAUCUGGUUGACUGAAAAGUUGGCAUAUUUUUUUCUUGUGCUGCAUAUUCAAUUUAAUUUAAAAAUUAAAUUUCCUAAUUUUCUUGGUUUGUCACCUUGGUUGAAUUGUAGUUUGAGGUGGCUAGGGCAUGGAUAUUGCUGGUUUUCUUUACUUGUUGCAUAGCAGUUCAUUUUAAUUUGGGGGGCAGAAGGGUGGGACAUACAUAUUGCAUGAUAUAUCACCAAAAUAAAAUAUAUGAAGAUAGAGGUAAAAUAUAUGUGCAAACACAUAUAUACAGCACAUAUAGAGAGAAAAGGCAUCCUGAUUUCAAGAUAUGGUUCAGAUUGCUGUCUCUUCUCUCUCCCUCUCCCUUCCUCUCCCUCCCUCUCCCUCUGCCCCCUUCCACCCUUGCAUACCUGCCUACCAACCUAUCUGCUUACCUAUCUUCCUACCUACUUACCUACCUCUUCUUUUGAGCUACUGUUUGACCAGCAGUGAAUAAUUAGUUAUUUGGUUAUUCUUCUGAUUUUAAUGUAUUUUCAAAGACUUAAGAGUGAUUUUUCUUUAUUUUAGGACUUCUGUCUUGAUCAAUGAAUUCUCCUUAUGAAAGUUGAACCAAAAUAAUUUAUUAAUAAGGAAAACGUAAGAAAUUCAGAUGAUGUUUGUAUUUUAAGAUAUACAUGAUUUAUAACCAUUUCCUUCUAGAGAAAACUUUAGUAAUAUUGAAAUACUUUUCAAUAGAAUAGGAAAAUAAAGAUUGAUAAGAAUGUAGACUUGACCCCUUGAAGGAAUGCAACACAAAUAUGUUUUGAACUUCUAAUUAGGUCACAUCAUUGGACUUUCAGUUCCCAUUUUCUAAUAAAAGGAUGUAUAAAUAUUUGGUGGUGAAGUUUUUUUUCAGACCCAAUUCCAGGAGAAAUUUAAUGUAUGAACCCUUAUAUUUGAAUCUCUGCAGAGUCUAUAAUAUCUAAAAUAUUAGGGAAAACAAUACCUUCUAACUGCUUCACUCAACUUCAAAUUUCUGCAAGUAGAACACAAAGCUCUUUAACCUGGUCUCCCCUCUGUCUUCCAUCAAAGCAACAUUUAGCUUCAGGUUUUUUUGGUUUUUAAAAAUAUUUUUUACAUCAUUUUUCAUUUUUGUAUAAUGUAUGCAUUUUCAUCUUGGUUAUAGUCCCCGUAAAAUUCCUACCACCCUUGUUUUGAUCCUCCUUUCUUCUCCACCCCCAGCCCUGUAGUGUGUCUCUGGUUUAUAGUUGCCUGUUGAUUUUGUUUUUCACUUUAAUUAUAAUUAUUCUUUUUCCUG